AUGGCUAAUUAUGCUCCCAUUUGUGUCACUAAAUAUUUCACUGCUCUAACAAUAAUAACAAUACUAUCAAUUACUGAAACGAAUGCACAGUUACUCAAUUUCAAUGUAUUAUCGUUCAAUAAUAAUAGGGCAGGCGAUAAUUCGUUGAACAAUAAUGGCAACGCAGGGGCAGGAGGAAAUAGAUUUGAUCAAGUAGCAUCUCAAACUCAACGGAAUCCUUUUACUUCAUGGCCUUCUGCAGUCGGUGCUGGUUUGGGUUUACUUACAGGCUUGUUGGGUGGAAGCUUCACAUAUACUUAUAAUCCAUACUACAGUGGAUACGCAAGUUUAUAUAGACCGACGUAUUAUUACUAUAGUCGCUAUCCUUACUUUUAUUAUUAUCGUGGUUAA